UCCAGGAACCUGCUCAGAUGCCCCUCCUCCAGGAAUCUGCUCAGAUGCCCCUCCUCCAGGAACCUGCUCAGAUGCCCCUCCUCCAGGAACCUGCUUAGGUCCUUCUCCCUGCCCUUAAGCAGACCUAUAUUCUACUUUAAAGCCUGAUACCAUGAUGACCUUCCCAUUCAGUUUUGUGAACUACAGUGACCCCUCCCAUAGGCAGUGGCUAUGAAAACCUGAGGGAAGAGUCCCUUUCUCAUUCAUCUUGCCCCAGCUAGUGGAGUACUGUAAUGCCCUCAAGUGAGCAACCCCCCACAACAAGACCACCAAGGAGCCAACUUCCUAUGUAAGAACAAAAGGUUUCAUUUAUUCCAGCCUAGGCAGGGACCUCCCCAACACCACUUUAUAGUAGGUGAAGAGAGGGAAGGCCCCCAGCACUCACUUUAAGGGGUUUAUAUAGGAAAGGGUCACAUGCAGAAUUUUACAUAUCUCGGGGGCUAGGGAUGAGGUAAACAUAAGGUUACUAAUUGCUAACAGGAUUCAGGGUAUCUAUAGAGACACAAAUUUUUAUUCCCUAUGUCCUGCUUUUAUUGACACAUUCAGAUUUAUUGUUGCAGUCCUACACUCUCUUGAGUUCAACUUCUGGUCAAUCAAGCCCAUUACUCCUUGUAUCUUGUUUUGCCAAGUCUAGGAUACACAGAUUUAUUAUCCCAGCCUUAUCUUUCCCAUAGGUUCAACUUUUGGUCAAUUCAAAAACCGCUGGUCAGUAAAUACCUCUAGAGGAAGAAGGGGAAGUGGAGAGAAACAUCUUUCAAGAUGGCUGCUAAUUUCUCCCUUUCAGUACCAAUAGAUUGGAAGAUUCAAAAGCAUCCAAACUCAAAGAGGCCUGCAGACAGCCCUGAGCUCAUCUCUCAAAGCUGCUACCGGAGCCCAGGAAGAUCCAGAAUGAACGGCUUCCUCCUCGUCUUCACCAUCAGUCUCCUGGUGGCAGUUCAGAUACAAACAGGAGUCUUGGGACAGAAUGAUACCCAAGCGAAGCCUCCGACUCCUGCUGCUGGCAUCACUAUCAAACUCCCUGCAAAACCUGCAAAGGGUGGAGCCCCAUCACUCAUCAAUGUGGGUGCCUGCAGCUUCUUCUUUUUCGCCAACACUUUCAUGUGUCUCGUCUACCUCGGCUGAGGUGAUGAUGUCGCUUCUACAGCCCUGUGCUCCUCAAACAGCUACCACCAUCAGUAGCAAGAGACCCCCCAACCCAGUCCUUGGAAAGGGUUGACACCAGAGAUCCCAGGAAGUUAAAAUUGAUGGCCAAUGGCCAAAAUGGGGAGGUACUAAUGGAAGGGGCCAAGUAAUACCCAGCUGGGGCUCAAUAAAGUUAUGCUUAUGCUUAGAAGGGACCCCACAUGUGGUCACUGGUCACUACUGAUCCCAGGAGUCACGUGUGCAGCAGCAUUAGGAGCUUUGUGUGGUCAUUGGCAGGGAAGGUGCUACCAAGGCACUCCCCUAGGUUCCUACCUUAGAGUCACCUUGCAGGGACAAGGACAGGAAACUUUGUUUCACUUGUGCCUGAGUAUUUGGGAGGGGUGAACCCAACACCCCCCCACACACACACACACACACACUUCUCAGGCCCUCGACACCUCAGGUUCAGACAGUCUCCCACCCCAUGACCUAGGUGUCUUCAUAAUGACAGAUGCGGGGAAAUCAUAGAUUAUUUGGCUCUGUCUCUCUCAACAUUCCCAGCUGGAGUAUUGUCGACCCAGGAGCACCCCUAUAUCUGGGAAGGUUCACGGAAGAGCAUCUCAUGAGUCACCUGCCCCCAUGUCUUCUAUCACAGGGCUAGAGGAUGAGGAGGCAAGAGUCACCACCCACACCCACAGCCAGAGAAGGCAGGAAGGACAAGCAGCUCCUCUAACCAUGCGCCCCUGCUGGGCCUGGGGCUGGUGUUUGGAGCUGAAAAGCGAGAAGGAAGCCCAGACUGGUCUCCAAAGGCUCCUGCCUCUGUGUCUUCCCAGGAACCUGGGCCAACGGAGGACUAGGAAGGGUAACUAGGAUGACCUGACCUGUCACCUAGCUAGGGACCCAGCCCCUUCUCCUGGCUUUUCUGACUAAGGCCAAACCUUCAGGCUUUGAGAUUUGAGUUGGAAGAAGCAGGGAGGAACCCAAGGACAAGGCUUCUUGGGGUGUCGACCCCCCUCAUCUCUUGCCAUGCCCACUCACACACUGAACAUUGAAGUUUUCACCCUUGGACAUAUCUGUAAUCCUAGAAUACUUUGCUCUGCCUCCUCUGUCUGACUUGGCUAACUUCUCAUCCUGUGUGUCAGCUAAGGGUGCUUCUUCAAGAGAGGAAGCCUUCCACUUCUGCGCCCUGAACACCCAUCAGAAUCCUGCUCUGAGAUGGGCAAAAGGGACUCAGUUAAUGGUUGUGCCCCGCCCCCACAGCCAGGGAAGCCGAACCGGGUGACACACCAGUUAGUCUGGUUCUGGAGCUCCCUCUGGUGAUGAGGGGAGGCCGUGCAAGGAGGGAAACCAACCUGAGGAGGGGCCAGAAGGGCAACGGGGGUGGGGGGGUAGGAGG